GCAAAUAAACUGUCAAAAAAUUUUAUUUUUCUCGCGUUUCCCGGAGCCAGAAAUUUUUUUCGUGAAUUUUCGUUGUCCUUUGCAUUCCAAGGACGAUUCCGUGCCAGUGUUUGUCCAAGUUUCCGUUCUUAAACGAAGACAAUUUACCAUGGAUCCGACACAGGAAGAUCCGCGGAUUGUUAAAACAACGCUCAAUGCUGGAACCCAAUAUGUGCCGUUCACCGAUGGGACCAAGGUAAAAUUUCACUACCAAACAAGGAAGCUCGAUGGGACCGUUCUGGACGACAGCCGCAAAACAAGCAAACCCAUGGAGCUAGUUUUGGGGAAGAAGUUCAAGCUGGAGGUGUGGGAGAUUUGCGUCCAGAAGAUGGCUCUGAACGAGGUGGCCAAGUUCCGGUGCGACAAAUCGCUGGUGCAGCAGUACCCCUUUGUGGCCAAAACUAUAAGGGAUUCAAUGAAACCAGCUGAGAAGCGAAAGCACUGCUGUGGGAUGACGAUUCAGAACGAGGGUAUUGGGUAUAAGGAUCUGGAUGAAUUGUUCAACUGUCCGCAGGAUUUGGAGUUUGUGUUGGAGAUUUUGAGCAUUGAAAAUCCGGAAGAAUACCAAAAAGAGUCAUGGCAGCUGAACGAUAGCGAAAAAAUUGAACAAGUGAAAGCGCUCAGGGAGAAGGGGAAUGAUGCGUAUAGGAGGAAAGAUUACACCACGGCCACGGAAGCUUAUUCCUAUGCUACUGGACUUGUGGAGCAGCUUAUGUUGAAAGAAAAACCACACGACACGGAAUGGGACGAGUUGGCGCAGCUCAAGGUUCCCCUACUUCUGAACUAUUCCCAGUGUAAAUUGCUGGAGCAGGACUACUAUGCGGUCAUCGAGCACUGCAGCGAAGUGCUGGAAAAGUAUGAUAAGGACAACGUGAAAGCACUAUUCCGGCGGGCGAAAGCACACUUUGGCGCCUGGAAUACCCGAAAGGCUAAGGAGGACUUCCUCAGGGCUGCAGAAUUGGAUCCAGCGUUGGAACCAGCGGUUACCAAAGAACUGAAGGCGCUGGAGGACGAGAUCCGGCUGAAGGAUGUCGAGGAUAAGCUCAAGUUCCAGAAAAUGUUUUAAGUUAUUAGCGAAUUGAAAGAGAUGUUAUCAUUGUUUUUUAGUUAAUUAUGUGGUAAGUAUUUUAUAACUUUAAUCAACAAAAGCACCCGCUCCAUGUACUUGUACUGUAUUUUCUUGUAUCAAAUGUGACCAAUCACCGUACUGAAAACAAAUUAAGUGGCCGUAUUUUGUGAAGUGAUGUAAUCUAUAGCUUAUCGCGUCUUGUUCAAGAAAUUUUAUAGUCAAUGUUUAGGAUAAAGAGAUCUCUCA